CACAAACUACGUUCGUUCCUUGAUCUCGAUCUACCUACAAUAUCUUCAGCUUAUAACACCCUCUCACCAUCUUUAAGUUCAUUUUUCUUUAUAUCUCACUCUGCCUUUCUUUAUCCUUUACCAUCUGCAUUGCAAGCGAUCUUGCCGCCUGAAUUUAUUUCUUGAUAACGACCUGCGAUUGUCAUUUGCGAUUCGAGAAUCUUCGAGGAAUUGUAUAAAGACUGGAGCGAGAUAUAAUUUGUGCUUCGAGCAGGAAAACAAUAUGCCUUCGAUAGCACAAGAAGAUUGGGAUAUCCCAUCUAUGGAUUUUCAUAUGAGUACAAAUGGAGCUGUGAAUCUGUUGAAGAGACGGAGGGAUGUUGCGAAUUUUGCAGAUGUGAGGGAUGAGGAGGUGCAGAUGAAGAUUAAUAGUCCUAGACAUUCACACAUCCAUCCACAUCCGCAUCCACACAACCUCCACCCACACGCCAUGCACCAUGAAUCUGAACGCAGACACCUAAUUCCCCGGUCAAAAAUGAGUCUAAACAAACGAGUUCGAGUCGAAUAUCUACCCUCAGAACCCGAGUCUAGAAUGGAACAAACGAAGGAGAAGGAGAAGAGUGGAUCUGGAAUGGAUUUACGAGCUUGUCAUAUAUGUCGACGCAAACCAACUGUGAAGAAGGAAUUGGAUGCGUUUGCGAAUUGUGAGGGGUGCGGGAAAAGAGCUUGUUGGGUGUGUAUCAGGGAGUGUCUUGGCGGGUGGGGGGAUACGGAGAUGGGAGAAGAAGUUGGAGGGAAGGAGGGCUGGGGAGAGAAGGGGAUGAAGCAUAGGGGGAUGGUUUGUAGCAGAUGCUGUGUGGAGAGAGGAACUGAGGGAGAGGUGCUUUGCUUAGGGUGCUUGAGGAUGGAGGGGAGCUGA